CAACAUUCUCGGACUGAACGGGAGCUGGGGUUUUAAGUCCAAAGUCCUUCAUUCAGCAGGCAGCUGAAGUCUGUGCUCCAGUUUGCAGUGAAGGAGAGCACCGAGCAGCGAUCAUGGCUGAAAACAACUUCCCUCCCCUGCCACGGUUCAUCCCCCUCAAGCCAUGCUUCUACCAGGACUUCAAUGAAAUCCCAGACCAGCGGCGCACCAUGUGUAAACGGCUCUACUACCUCUGGCUCUUGGUUGGUUGGCUACCAUCACCUUCUUCAGCACCAACAUCGGAUCAGCCGUAGUGAUGCUGAUCCCCACCAUCAUGUUCACUGCGGUGGCUGUGCUCUCCUUCGUCGCCCUGUCAAAGGUUCAUAACUUCUAUCGUGGCAGCGGCGGCAGCCUGGGUAAGGCCCAGGAGGAGUGGGCCACGGGGGCCUGGAAGAACCCACACGUCCAGCAGGCAGCUCAGCAGGCGGCGAUGGGGGCCGCGCAGGGAGCCAUGCAGCAGAACCAGUACUCGGCAGCUCCCACCUACAACUACGACGACCCUAUGUAGGACAGACGAGGGGCGGCGGGGGGAGGGGGUCCGACAGCAGAGAGCUAAAAAGGGAUCAAUUAACAAACACGACUCAGAAUUAGGUGCCCUUCAUUUUAACACAGAUGAAUUUCAAACAGAAGAAGAGAGCUGGAAAUGUCCUUUAAUCAGAUAAACGCCUAGGGUUGAAAAACUUCACACUUCAGUCAUAAAACAAACUCUUGUUUUGCUGCCCUGUGUGUGUUUAUAGUUAUUAUUUAUAUUCUGUGACAAACUAAUUUCCUGAGCCUCAGUUUCUUCAGGUUUGUUCGUGCUUUCAUCAAGCAGCACUUUGUUUGAUGUGGUCAGCUUUAACAGCUACAUGGCUAAACGUGUGCAGUCUUUUUGUAGCUUUGAAGCUAACAAAAUGUGUAAAUGUGUCAGUUUUUAAUCAACAUUCAGCAAGCAGGUUACACAUGAAAAACACCAAGAUAAACCUUUAAGAAAAACCUCCCUCUCUAGUAGUUUGGAUUUCUCAUAAUUCUUUUAUUCACCUAUUUUUUUUUUGGCAAAAAUCAAACGCUUCCAGUAGCAGCUGGUUAUGUUAUAAACUUGCUUAGCUUAGCUUAGCUUAGCAUAAAGAAGAUAUAAAUCUUGGUUUUAUUCACAAACAACAUAAACACACAGCAGUCCUCAUUCUGUGACAAACAUCUUGUUUCUUCACAUUUCUUUUUGUUAAAUAAGUACUUUCUUCUGUUUCAAGUGCUAAGCUAAGCUGCUAGCGGUAGCUUUAUUUAUCCUACAGUUGCGAGAAACCAUGGGACUUUGACCACUAAGAGAACAAUUAAAGCUUGAGACAUGUUUUAUUACUAUACAUUUAUCAUCAUUUGUAAAGAAAAAGCAGCUUUUGUUUGGUGACCUGUCCGUUUGUUUUGUGUUCUUUAUAUUCUCAGGAAAGAGUUGUCUUUUUAGCCCAAUAAGGCGUCAAGUUAUUGGGUUUUUGUCUCUUACUUUUCGUUGCUCAUAUAUUAAACUAUUAAGGAUUUAGUUUUUGUCUUUAUAUAUAUUUAUUGGUUAUAGGGUGAGCUGAGAUUUCCGUUUGAGGAAUUUUUACAAUGUUUUAGGUGAAGCACAGGCAGUGUUUAGGGUCAAAUUCAUUGGACAAACAUUCCAAAUCAAUGCUGUAAAGGUGAAAAUAAAAUAAAUAAACAGCUGCAGGCUUGAUAAACAGUAAAUAAUCUUAAUAUUUGUUGUAGGUGGUUACAGUUUUGUAUGAAGUGAUGGUUGUUUCCCUUCCCCUCCUCCAUGUGGUCGCUUCAGCGACCACUCGUUUCUAACGUUCAGGCCUUACAGUCGUGUGUCAUUUUGUGGCUGUUGGUGUUUUUCUCCAUGAAUCAGUGUAACGUUAAAGAAAAUAGAAUAUUAAAUUGAAGCCAACUAUAUUAUUUACAGAGCAAACUAGAACGAGAGGACACAUUAUGUGCAGCCCCGAUGAGGCUUCAAGAGUUAUUAGAGUUUUUUGAGUCCUAUCAUUUAGUAGAUGGUUAUUCCAGUAAAACACAGUAUUAGACUCAAAACAGACGUGAUCAUAUGUAUCUGAAUGCUCAUUGUUUCAAAGUUUGUGAGUCGUCUUGUCUGACUGUGACGAUGUUGUAUUUAAUAGGCUGUUUCUCGUUUUUACUCUUUCAGUUUUUAUUCGUUUCCUUAUCGACCGACCUGUUUUAAUUUUUCUUGUGUAUUUUGAAUAGUGCGUGAGUGAAACUGAAGCACAUGUUCGUUGUGUGUUUCCAUGGCUGAGGUCAAAAUUGUUUAAAUGAAAUGUACCAUUCUUUGACAUCUGGUGCAAACUUACUUCAAGGUGAACUCAAAGUGCAGCAAUACUAACGUUCUACAGAAAAUGAGUCUUUCAGUGAACAAAGGAACAGCUCAAACCUUUUGAAGUGAGGUUCCGUGGAGAGGUUAUGAGCAGUUAAUAUCUCACCUGUUGUAAACAAAACAACAAAAUCUCCUAUCACCAAUCUGUCCUAUCUGUCUAUCACCAAAUAUGAGCGCAGUAUGUGUAAAACUGACAGAAUUAAAUAUAUUUUUUGAAUUUUUUAGGGUUAAUAGUUCAUAAAUGUACAGCUUAUAACUUUGAGCUUUAUUAAAUCUAAUCACAGGUUCCUGAGAUGUUUUGCUAACACAGACAAACAUGAUGACCCACCUUCCAUGGUGUAGUAAAACCUGAAUAAUUCAAAAGUGACAUUAAAGGUUUGUAAAAUAGCGUUCGCAUAAACCGCUGUGAAAAUUUUUCAGAUUGUAGUUUUAAAACAGCAGCUAUACCAAUUGCUCUUGGCUUCGCUCAGACUAGCCAUUAGCUCAUCAAUCUAAAUGAGCUGUUUUAAGACGACAGCAGACCCACUUUAAUCUUGGUCCCGCUAACUAGCUGUUAGCUCCUUAAAUGAGUCAGAAUUAAAUCCCAUUUCGUCAAAUUUAAAUGUUUCAAAAAGCCAUCUACAGCAGGUAAGAUACUGACUGGUCAUGACUUCUCCACCGAACCCUACUUUUCAAAAAUCUGAGCUGCCGCUUUGACAGUUCCAGGUGAAGUGUUCCAAAAUGAAAAAGUUCAAGUUCAAGUACAGAGUUUGGUUUUAAAACAUUUUCACCAGCAGAUGCACACAGUAAUACUCUGUCCACACAUCUGUUAGUAAAUCUGAAUCGUUUUGUACGUUUAGUGUGAACCGUUGCACACACACACACACACACACACACACAGGAUGGUGUCGUGAUGCUGACGGCUGUGUAUUUAUAGCGUAGCAGGAACUGCAGUUCAUCUUUUCAUUUUCACGUGGCUGUAUCAAAGCUUCUGAAAGACUUUAACUUUCUCCACACAUGUACUGUACUGUAUGUAGUAUGAAAUGUAUUAUCAUGUACUAUAACAGAAGUAGUUAUGAGUAAUAUGAGGCAAUGCCAUGGAUAAACACUUAUUAGGAACAUGCUGUAUUUGGGUGAAAUAUAUGUUUGCAGGGAGUUCUGUCUCUACAAGUGACGAGAAAUACAUGUUUGUGUAUUACUUUUGUAUUAUUUGUUCUUAUCCUAAUAGAUAUUAAAUAGUUCUUGUUGCG